CGCUUCUCAGCAGCCCGCCCUCAAGAUGGCGGCGCAGGGGGUCGUGCGCGGUCACCUGAUGCUAGUGGAGGCUGCUGGGGGGAAAAGGAUCUUCAAGUCCUAAGCCCGGGGACUAUGGCGGCUACCGCCCUGGGUGAGCUAGCUCCGGGGCGCGAGGAAGAAGAGGACGAAGAAGAGGAGGAGCAAUUGGUUAUGGUGGAAUUAUCAGGAAUUAUAGAUUCAGAGUUUUUAACAAGAUGUGGAAACAAAUGCAAGAUUUUGGGCAUUGAUACAGAGAGACCUAUUCUUCAAGUGGACAGCUAUGUCUUUGCUGGGGAAUAUGAAGACACUCUUGGGACUUGUGUUGUGUUUGAAGAAAAUACAGAUCAGGUCGAUGCAGAAGGUAACCAUAAAACAGAGCUGAAAUAUAAGUGCCACACAAUGAAGAAGCUGAGUAUGACGAGAACACUUCUGACUGAGAAGAAGGAGGGAGAAGACAACAUAGGUGGUGUGGAAUGGCUGCAGAUCAAGGACAAUGAUUUUUCAUAUAGACCCAACAUGAUUUGUAACUUUGCCCAGCAGAAGGAAGAUGAGGAAGUUGCAGCUCAAGCCCCAGACAAAACUUUGGAAAUGGAAGAGCAGGAGAUGCAAGCCAAAGAGAACACGGGCAUGGGCAGUGAACUGGAGAAAUCAGACCACUUGGAAAUAGAGGAUGCUUGUCCUCUUCUUGAUAGCCCUUCUUCUGAAACAGAAGAUUCUAUUUCUAUGGAAACUCAGGAGCCUGCCUUAGAAGCCACUCCUAGGUGACAUCAUUCUUGUGGGUUUUAGGCAUAUGCAUAACUGGAAUUCUGAUUUUGGAGAAUUGAAUGUAUAGCUUUCAUUUAUUCAUGGAUUCCAUGACUAUUGACCAUACACAUAGUAUAACUACAUAUUGGAUAAGUCAGGACCAAGCAAUAACCAGAUAGUUCUUUAAAAAAAAAUUUUUUUUUAUUCCUCUCCUUCAGAUUCUCUAAAUUAGAGAUUUUUGGCUGACGUGGGUAUUGUGUGUAGGUAAAGGCAUUAAUUUUUAGGGGGCUUAAAGGACUUCUGGGAGCUUGAUAGAGGGAUCCUGAGCAAAACAUAGCUACAUAUUCAAACCUUUCCUCUAAGAGGAUAACCUGGAAAUUCUAGUAGUUACUAGAAAGUAUUGUUUGGUCCUGCUAAUUAAUCAAGGCAAUUUGUUCUGCAGCAACGAUUGGACAUUUUUUCCAAGUAUGGAAAUCCCUUCCACAUUGUUGAUAAUCCCCAUUUUUACCUCUCUCCCCACCCCCCAACCCCAAGUUAAUUUUAGAGGCCCUCAGAGGUUAAGUGAUUUGUCCAGGAGUCAUACAGCUUGUAUGUCAGGCAGGAAUACGGGAUUUCCUGACUGUCAAGGCUCUCUCCUCUGUACCAUGAUUCUGCUCUGUCUUGGAAUGGUUGGCAGAAAUUUAAUUUUCAGAAUUAUUACAGACUUCUGAUUCUGUGACAUUGGGCAUAUAUAUCUUAUUCCUAUAAUGUGAGAAAGUGUAGAGGAUCAUUUUUUAAGAUUGUAUAACAAACCAUUCCAGAUAAACAAAGGUCAGAUAAAUGUAGGCUAUUUACAUGAAAAUGUAGUAAUAAAUGUCCUGGAGAACAGGAUGCAUUCUAUCUUCUCAUUUGUUUAUCAUAAUGUUUGGUAUAUAGCAAAAUAAAGUCUUGUUUUUCAGAAAUUUUUUAAUAUUAUCUAAUAGUAGUUUAUCCUAUUAAGCCAUAGUUCAACUGAUUUUGUCACGAUUAUGUGACUAAUUAUGUUAUAGCCUAAUUAAUGUGCAAACAAUCCAUUAUUCCAUUAACAUUCUGGCAUGCCUUUGUCACAGUGCCUACUUUGAGUUUUUCCUUCUCAUCCUUUAUAGUCACAUGAAAUGUAGUAGUGAUUUUCAGAGAGCCAGACCAUGUAGCCAACUGUAGUAUGCCACUUGGAAAGUAUUCUCUUACUGAUUCUUCAGAUUGCUAUCUUCUCAUAAGUUCCUCUUUAAAAUAUCAUAGAAUUUUAAUUGGAAAGGCAUGCAUUUCACAACUAAAUGCAUUCUGAACAGAGAAAAGGCAAGUUUUAGGACUUUUUUAUAGAAAGAUAAGAUGAGAUUUCUUAGAAAGCAAUCAACUUCUAAAUUCAGUAGUAGUCACCAAAUAUUUAUUGAGCACCUAAAAUGUGUAAUGGAAAUUUGCAUAUGACUGCUUCCAGAAAAAACAGUAGUCAAUGUAGGGACAAGCCGUUGGAUACUCAGUGAGAACAAAAAACAAAUUCCUUAAAUUCUAUACUAAUUAUGGGAAUUGGGAGACAUUUUCAUAUAUCUCUUGUCCUUUUAUUUUAUUUUCCACAGGGAUUGAUAUUUUAUUCAUUUUUCUGUCUUCUUAAUCUUCCCAUCUAAUAGACUUCACUUAGUAGGGAACACAAGAGGUUCGUUGUAAAAGCUCUUUCUCAGAGCCAUGUCUGCUGCUGCUGAAUCUCAUCAAAACCUCUGGGUCUUUUCUUCCUCCUGAGACUCUGACCUCUUUGUGGUCUUGCUUGUCCCUAACUAUCUACCAUCUUCAUCCCCUACUCUCUUGAGAGUAGGGUUUGGCCACAAAGAGUUACAUCUAGACUCCUAGUAUUCUGCUGAUUUUUACUUGGCACAAAUGCAGUUUUGUUCCACUAUGUGCAAGCAUGGUUGAUGUGUGUUCAUGUCAUUGUGUUUGUCUUUGGCAGAAAGGCAGGAGCAUUUAGGGACCAUGUCUAUCUUAAUGCAAGUUGGCACUUGAUGAGGACUAUUUGGGGCAAGGGGUGGUGAUGACAAGGAGCUCCAAAGAUUCCAACCUGGCUUGAAAGGGGAGAUUGAACCCAGUUACAGGGAACCUUUGAUUGAGAGUGUUGAGGACAUUUUUACUCCAAAUGAACCAUUUGGAAGGUGGUAGAUGUAGGCUCAGUUAUAGCCACAUGACAACUGUCUAAUGGAAUGUCUCUUGUCCUUUUUACCUUAAGUCUUCCUCUCCCAAUGGAGGAAGGUUAGAUAUUGGAUAGGGAGAUACAAACUGAAUUAAAGAUUUGAGGUUUUUCAGUCUUUAAAAUUAAUCCUCAUCUCUUAACCAUUAGCACACGAGCUGCCACUAGGGACUUAGGAAAAAUGGCCAGAAAAAGAAAAGGACAAAGUACAGCAUUUUAGUUUCUCUGUCAUUUUUGUUUCCUCCCUUUUUGCUCCCUUCAUGCUCAUCAAUGACUAUCCUAAGUAAUUCACCCCCCUUUGAUCUACCCUCCAGAAUUUCUGUUCUCCUUGCAUACCCUAGUUAUUUUUAGAUUUAAUGCCUCUUCUCUUUCCCUUCCUCUCCCUUCCCAAUCCAGUCCAAACUCCCCUGGAAAGCUGCAAUAAUCAGCUAAAUGCUAAUCUUACUAUCAGAUUAAAGUAAUGGAUACUAGGGUGUGAAAUAGGUUAGCUCACAGGGCUUAAGGAUUUUAAAAAAGGAUCUGUCAUCCAGAUGAAUCUUUCUGCAGUAAGUAUGGGAGACUUUGACAGGGGUCUGCCUAUAUACUUGACCUAUUUCAAAUGUGAAGGCAUUUCCAUCCACUUUACCUAGAUUGUGAGGGAUUAAAACACCAGGAAUCAACGGUGCAGUUGCACAAAAUGAGGAAAAACAUGACUGCCUAAGUGCCCAUUAAUUUAUGUAUAUAUCACUUAGAAUGUUCACGUCCAUCUUUUGUUGUUCACUAAAGUCGUAUGCCGUUAUUUUACUGUGGUGUGGAGGUGUCCCUGAGUGCUUGAGGCUACACAGGGAAGCACAAACUCUGGGAGGAAAGCUCCUGACGGAAAGGCUUGGAGUAGAGGCAUGGUUAAACAAAAAAACAAACGAGUCAAAGACCAGCCUAGUUAGUCAUGAUGAGACAUAUCACCGUUAGACUGGUCAUCCAGUAAUGAAACCUUUAUAGCCGUGGUAUCCCAUGAAAUAGAAGAAUAAAAAAUGAUCCUCAA